GAUGAACGUCAGUCUUGAUAGAGCGUGCGUGGGGUUAAGACGUACCGUCAACCAGUCUCUGUUUUGUAAUUGACUGGUCCUUUACCUCUACAACAAGACCACAAUGACGGAAGCGUACGUGACUCUCGCGACGACAGACGGGUACGGCGUGGGAGCGUUGGUGCUGGGACACUCGCUGCUCUCUCACGGCACCACCCGUCAGCUCUGCAUCCUCGUCACCCCGGGCGUGUCGGAGCAAGUCAGAUCGGCGCUGUCACAAGUGUACCACAAUGUGGUCCUUGUGGACGUGAUGGACUCGGGGGACAGCGCUCAUCUGGCGCUACUGGAGCGUCCAGAGCUGGGCAUCACCUUCACCAAGCUGCACUGCUGGACCCUCACCCAGUACACCAAGUGUGUCUUUCUCGACGCCGACACACUUGCCCUGCAGAACACAGACGAGCUCUUCACGCAGCCUGAGUUGUCUGCCGCGUGCGACGUGGGUUGGCCUGACUGCUUCAACUCUGGCAUGUUUGUCUUCGUGCCGUCCCAAGAAACUUAUGAACAAUUGCUAGAUUUUGCUAAAACCAAGGGAAGUUUCGACGGCGGUGACCAAGGACUCCUCAAUUCUUUCUUCCCGAACUGGCACAGAUUAUCCUUCGUGUACAAUAUGGUGGCGACGGCCUGCUACACUUACCUGCCUGCCUUCAAGGAGUUCGGUCGUAACGUAAAGCUAGUGCACUUCUUGGGCUCGACGAAGCCGUGGCACGGCGAGAGCGCCGCACAGCCUGGAUCAGCGUAUGGAUCGUUCGUGGGGGCCUGGUGGACCAUUUACCGUGAACUCGUGCGGCCCAGCAUGCCACAGUCGGAAGCCAAGUUUGACCCUACCGAUGCCCCACCCCAACAACAGGAACAAUUUCCAGCACAGCUGCCCGAUAAUUCUGUGGAUAACUCUUACACGUGGCCUGCUCCCGAGCAGAGAUCGACAUCAGGCGGCCACUUGGAGCUCGUCGAGCACUUCUCGAAGCUGUCUACCAACGAGAACCUGGUGGAGGGACGGCAGCGCUGGGAGGCCGGUCGUCCUGAGUACAUGGGGCGCGACUCCUUCGACAACAUCAUGGCUUACAUCCAGUCUAGAAUCAAUAAAUAAGCGUAUAUGUAAACGCACAAAUAAUUUCAACUGCUUCCUUAGCUGCGUAUUAGUGUUAACAUUGUUCGUAACGUCGAGGAAGAAUUUCAGUAAAAAAUUUAAAGUCCUCAA